AUGGAAACCAAUACUAAUGACACUUCAACCUCUGCUCCCCUCUCAGCACCAGCCUGCAUUCCAUGGGUUGUUUUAAUGACCACUGAAUCUCUAUUCAUCGUCAUUUUCAAUCUCUUCACGAUCAUUGUAUUUGCAAGGCAUCGUCAGCUUCAUCGCCGGCGCGCAUACCUGCUCAUACGGAACCUGGCGAUUAUUGACCUGUUGGUUGGGGGAAUUUCCGGUCCUCUGCAAAUUGAGUGGAACGUGGGAGAUUCUUGUGAUCUAUGGAUGUACAACAGGAUGAUUGAUUCAUGGUUUUUUGUUUUAAAGGUUUCAAUGCUCCAUUUAUUUUCCAUGGCUUCCCUUUGUAAUCUUGCGGCCAUUUCGUUAGAGCGAAUGCACGCAAUAAUUUGUCCCUCCAGGCAUCUUUUCAUGGAGAAAAUGGUUUAUAAAGUAAUAAUCGCUGUAAUUUGGCUAAUAGCUAUUCUUAGAGAAUGCGCACAAAUUGUCUUUAUUAAAGUAACUACUCCUGGUCGUAAAACUGAAAUACUAAUGAAUUUCACCAUUUAUAUCCCGUAUUAUUUUAUUUCUCUUCUUAUUAUUUGCGUAUCUUAUACUAUUAUUUUCAUGAAGAUCCGAUACAGCUAUCCGCCACAGCCUCUACGUAGCAGUGUGAUAAUCAAAGAACGACAACUAACUAAAACCCUCUUUGUGGUCACAGUGACAUCUUUAUUAACAUUGCUGCCAGUGAUAAUUUUUUUGGGUUUGGAAACUUUCACCCACGAUCCAGUGAUAGAUCGGUCUUCGAGUUUAUACGGUCACAUAAAAUUUGCUGUCACCGUGUUUUUCCUGGCUAACUCAUUAGCCAAUCCAAUUAUAUACGCAAUGAGGAUGCAGAAGUUUCGUUUGGGGUUAAAAGAAUUAUUCGGCAGGGAUUCAAACUAUGAAGUCGUUUUGCCUUUUCAUCAGAAGUAGUUUAGAAACCAGUUGUGGCAGGGAAGAAUUUUUGAAAAGAUAAUAACAUGCAGGAAGAGAAUUUUAAAUUUUAACACAUUUUACCUGAAGGUUGAUUGCAAUCGUUGAUAUUUGUACGACACCAAACUGUGCUCGGCGCAGGGGCACCCAACGGCAAUUUUCGGGAAAAUAUCUGUUCGGAAGACUUGACUUGAUUUGAGAUCUAGAAUUUUCGGAGCAUUUGUUGUAAAAUUUCUUGCUUGCCUGCCUCUCCUAGGAUUUUCGAACACCUACAAAAUGGUAUAAUUACUCAUUUUUAACGGAUUUUUGCCCUAAAAAAGGCCACCUAGAAUUUUCGGGAGCCUUUUGGGGGCUGAAAUUUUCGAGAAGGUAAGUUUUUAUCCCUAUAAUUUUCGGAUCACUGGAUUUUCAGCUAGGAAAUCCGAACAGAUGAAAAGUUUUUAGGGGAUAAAAAUAUGCCUAUAUCUACCGUUUGAAUACUAAAAUACGUCCAACAAUGCGAUGUUAAGUGGUUUUGAACUAUAUCCUCGUUGGGUGCCCCUGUCGACGACUAUUUUGCUGCAUCAGAGGUCCGCAUGAUAAAACACUUGUAGUAUGAUUACUUGCAAAAAAUGAUAAAAGUUUGAUAAAAUUUGAUAAAGUUCAGUAUAAAAUAAUUCAAAACGGUAACCUUGUUUGAAAACCUUAAGAUUUUUUAACACAAAUUAAAAUACCGUAUUCCCUCCAAUAAGCGCCCGACCGCUUUAAGAAGAUUCCCACUAAAGGGAGGGGAGUAUUUGAACGAGAGCGCCGCGAGUGGGUAUGGGCGCUUAGUGGAUGAGUUGUUCAUGGGAAGAACAGAUAGCGCACAUGGUAACUAUGCAAGCAUAUAGAGAUAGGAAUAACUGGAAGUAACUGAACGGAAAAGAAACUACACUCCUGUACUGAUUCCGCUGUCGUUGAAGUUUAAAAAAUAUAAAUAGAGUGUAAAUAAAGUUUAACUGAACAGAAAGGUUUUGUUAAUCGUUUGUCUCUCGAUGGUCUCUUAGGGCGCUUAUCAUUAUACACUUAAUGUCAGAUCCCGAGGGAGACAGUUAGUUUUGUUUUCCCAAGAGUCCUGAUGUUUCCCGAGACGAAGUCGAGGGAAACAUCAGGACUCGAGGGAAAACAAAACUAACUGUUUUCCCGAGGGACCUGACAUUAAGUGUUUUGUUAUAUUCUAGACUUUCACUUCAACGUACUUCAACAGCAGCAAAAUAAUGCGCUUAAGAGGAGUGAAUCAAAACAGUACGACUCGGUACUUAUAAGAACACAAAUUUAAUUCUCAAAACCACUGCAUGAAUGAUUUAAAAAGUACUUUCCUUAUAUUAUCUGCAUCUUCCUCCACCAGCUGCUGUUUCUCUUCUGGGAUAACUUUGAAAAUCGUUGCUUUUUAGCUUGAGGCUUCAUGUUUGUGUUGUUGUGAAUGUUGUUGCGUUCAUUCACGUAACAGAAAACUGGCAGUGUUUUUCCCGCCUUCUGUCACGCCACUUUCCACCAUGCUCUGAUCAGAUGCUGUAAUGUAUCCUGAGCGGGGUACAUUGCUUGAUGUAUCACGAUCGGGAUACAUUUGAUUUUAGUCAAGGCCGGCCCACGUGACCAAGAAUCAGCCAAUGGCUGUCCCUGUUUAGUUGAGUGAAAGUCUAGGAAUAUAACAAUGUCAUGUAGCAGCUCUCAUAACCCUAACAGCCAAUUGGUUCGAUAACCUAGCCGUGAAACAACGGGAAGAUAAUAAACAAUGAUGUGUUAUUGUUUUCUGUGACCAAUGAGGAAACACCUUACUAGCUGCUCCUAUAUUACUUGGGUUCCUACAUUACUGAUCAUUGGUCGGAACAUGCCCGGUAGCUGACCAGUUUUGAACUGGACGAAAAGAGAAUUUCACUCCAAAGAAUAGACUAGCCUGGAUUACAAGUCAAGCCAAAAAAUAUAGUACGUAGUAGUUCACGCAGCUUCUUUUCAAUCCGAGACUCUUCUCAAAGAUGUCUGAAAGGCUUGUCGGCGCCGAUUGUGUAAUUAAACAACGGCUUGAUAGCGUCUUUGACACUUAAAUGACAAAAUUUUUACAUGCUAUGUAUAGUAAUCGAAAGUGCAGGAAAACACCUUGACGAACUUGCUGAUAAUGCUUAUCAUGAAGUGCAUGUGGCUAAUAUAUAUAACUAGUUUUUGACGGUUCCUGAAUUCUGACAGUUCGAUAAAUCGAAUGUAAAUUCUCAUUGUACAUUUUUUUCAAUCUCCCUGAAAGGGUAAAGAGGGACAUCGUGGCCUUCGAGUGAUGAGCUCAUUGUUUACAUCACUUAUCCGAAUCGUCGCACACUGGAAAACGUGUUGUACUUUGUAAUAAAAUAGGCUUACACUUUGGUAUCACCGCUCCUUUUUUAUGAACUUGCAAUUGUUAAUUAAGUCAAAUCAUUUUGAUAAACAUAAUAGUUUCAAAGUUCCAACGUGGAAGGGUUUGCGAUUCCCAUAGUUUACCGAGGGUGACGACGGAUCAAGGAAUUGUCGUUCCUGGGAAGGGAAGAUUCGCAUUAAAAAAAUAAGCCUCCCGCGCAGACAUUCUUCUUAUUAUUAUCAUUAUUCUUUCACAGAAAAAUAUUUGAUUCAGAAAUUGUCCUAUUUUCUUUCUUUUUCAAUCAUGAUCGCUUUGUUUUAUAUGUUUUAGGCAAAGAUAGCGAAUUUUUGAAUAUUAGCGAGGCUUUGUGUGGCAAGCAAAGAGGAGUGUCCACAAGGUUUAUUCUUCUAACAAGUAGAUUUGGUCUUAUAAUCUUAAUCUAUUACAACAUUGAUAUGGAUCAGGUGCCAUUUUCGAAAAAAUUAUCCAUCCAUCUAAAAUUAUCCAUCUAAAAUCCAUCUACGCUAAUCACUCUCGCAGCGGGGUUGUUAAAUUCGAAUUGUACACAACUUAAACUUCAGAGGUGCUAUAAUGUAAUUUUAAAAGUGUAAGACGAUUGUGGCCCCAGAAAAUUGAGGUAAAAAAAUCAUUCUUAAAAAGUAUUGUAAACGGGUCGGCGACUAGAAUCGAAGCUCGCAGCAAUUAAAUUUUCCGAACUUCCCACCCACAUCACAAACGUCUGUAAAAUUCUGCGACUUUUCCAUCGGUGCUAUCUAUUAACCUUCCAACAUCAGGGGCACCCAACGUCAAUUUUCGCAAAAUAUCUGUUCGGAAGACGAUUUAAGAUCUAGAAUUUUCGGAACAUUUGUUGUAAAAUUUCUCGCCUGCCUGCUUCUCCUAGGAUUUUCGAACAUCUAAAAAAUUGUAUAAUUGCCCAUUUUUAACGGAUUUUUACCCUAAAAAGGUCAUCUAGAAUUUUCGGGAGCCUCUUUUCUGGCUGAAUUUUCGAAAAGGUAAGUUUUGAUCCCUAUAAAUUUCGGAUCACUAGACUUUCAGCUAAAAAAACCGAACAGAUGAAAAAUUUUUAGGAGAUAAAAAUAUGCCUAUAUCUAUCGUUUAAAUACUAAAAUACGUUUAACAAUGCUAUGUUUAAGUGGUUUUGAACUAAUUCUCGUUGGGUGCCCCCGCAACAUGACAACUUUACUCAAGGCUUUUUUCUAGCUUUGUUGCCCUUUUUUCGCUGAGCUGAUCUCAAUCAAAAGUUGAAAAAAACUGUGGAGUGAUUGUUACUGAAAAAUCUCCGUGGGAGCUGUCCAAAAAAUAAUCUAAUAACAUCUUAUAUCCUUUUUUUUUUCUUUUUUUAAUCUCUAUUUUAUAAUGGUGACAUGUCUCACCGAAACGUCAUAAGUGCGGAAGGCGGAGUGAGUUUUGUUAGCGUUGCAUUUAUUUAAUUUAAAUAGCAGGCCAAAGUUUUGUCUCCCAGUUCGAAUUACCAAGGUUAUUCUUUAAAUGAUUUGAAUUCUGGAUUUCAGCCACAUCAACCCGGCCGCUUCAUCCCUUUGUUGUCCCUGUAUCUGGUAGAAAGACACUCCGCUGUUGAAAUUAAGUGACUUUUCAGGGACAAACAAUUAAUAGCGCACAAGUUUCUGCCCUCCCUUACUAGCGUCUUCCUCUGUGCACCUGCCGGCAAGAAAGCGUGAGGAGCUCAGAUCUACCUUCUGCAUAACAAAUUUUAACAGCGCCCUUCCGAGGCUCGACUUAAAUUCAGGAGAGGCAGUUGUUUGAAGGUAAAAUGUUUAAAUCAUAACGUGCCCAAAAGGGAAUCAGUUUUUUUACCAAUCGAAUGUUGAGCUAGUUUAGAAUGGUUCAGAGUCGAUUCAGAGGAAAGGAUGAUUGUGUCUAUUGCGAUCAACCGUUCUUGGUGCAUGUUUGUUUGUUUGUUUGGCUGGUGGGGUGUUCUUGUGUUCGGUUGGGAACUUUUACUGUCUGAGUUCUUAUUCAACCAUCUUGACCGGACUGCGUGUGUACUGCCAGUAAAGCAUGAAUAUACGCGGCAGUUUAUGGCUGGGAAAACACUUUCGCAGCUAUAUACCAAAUAAUAUUUUACCCUAUUUUGUAAUUUUUUUUCUUUAUAUUUUUUGUAGUUUGUUAGUUCCCUCGUUUAGUUUGUCAAAAGCUAAAUACCCACGCACAAAUAACGUCCUACACUAUAACUACUACUACUACCCGGCUGCGAUAGGAAAGAAGCUACAAACCAAUGAAAAACUAAAACACUAGUAAUGAAAUCCAAACAGGAACUCCCUUGACAGGAAUAAUAAUUCCGGGUGGGACAAAAUUUCCUUAUGACUUACCUGUAAAUUUUCAGCCAUACAUUUCAAAAUUACGACCGCGACCAAAGAUUACAACGUUGUUUAUGAAGAGCCAAAAAACUUUUGACAUCCAGUUUUCAAAACAAAUUCUUAUAAAUUUUAAAACGUUUUAAACGAUCGUUAAAUCUUUGUCUUACGGGCUCAACUUGUAUCUUAUGAACGAAAGGAAUUUUGAGGCCUGUGUCAACGUACGCCCGUGCGCCCGUACUCCCGUGAUGUAUUAGCCAUAGGGAAACUCAGUAAGGCCCAGACCUGGGGCUUGAAUGAUAUUGACGCAAGAGAGAUUGACGAAAUUCAAGAGGCGAAACUGCAGCCUAAGGUAAAGUUCUGGUUUAUAAAUAUAUAAAGCAGAUAAUUCAAGAAAAAUCAUGGUACUACUACUUGUAAUCCAGUACAGACACAAGAAACAGUGUACGAACUGUCAAGAUCACAAAGAAAUGAAGCGUCUUUUGAAGCAAAAACUAAAAGACCAACUACAAAGAACAAGCAAAACCGCAAGAAACAGAGGAAGUCGAACUGUUGGCUGAGGCUAUAGGGAUCUUUAUAGGGAAAUGGUGUAGACAAGGAAGGAUUAUUCAUUGAGAACACACGUAAUGCACAAAACUAGACUAGCUAACAGCUAUUCUUAGAGAAUGCGCACAAAUUGUCUUUAUUAAAGUAACUACUCCUGGUUGUAAAACUGAAAGACUAAUGAAUUUCACCAUUUAUAUCCCGUAUUAUUUUAUUUCUCUUCUUAUUAUUUUCGUAUCUUAUACUAUUAUUUUCAUGAAGAUCCGAUACAGCUCUCCGCCACAGCCUCUACGUAGCAGUGUGAUAAUCAAAGAACGACAACUAACUAAAACCCUCUUUGUGGUCACAGUGACAUCUUUAUUAACAUUGCUGCCAGUGAUAAUUUUUUUGGGUUUGGAAACUUUCACCCACGAUCCAGUGAUAGAUCGUCUUCGAGUUUAUACGGUCACAUAAAAUUUGCUGUCACCGUGUUUUUCCUGGCUAACUCAUUAGCCAAUCCAAUUAUAUACGCAAUGAGGAUGCAGAGGUUUCGUUGGGGUUAAAAGAAUUAUUCGGCAGGGAUUCAAAGUAUGAAGUCGCUUUGCCUAUGAAGUAGCUUGGAAACCAGUUGUGGCAAGGAAGAAUUUUUUAAAAGAUAUAACAUGCAGGAAGAAGAUUUUAAAUUUUAACAAAUUGUUUGAAAUUUAAUUGGGAUCAGUGAUAUUUGUACGACACCAAACUGUGCUCGAUUACUAGUUUGCUGUUUCAGAGCAACCUCGUCCCCAGGGCUUUUCCCUUAAAAAAUGGGUAAACAGAGUACAUAAAAACCCAUAAAACGGCAAUAAAUCGACCCGUGGACCACACAGUAGAGACGUAACACACAUCUUAAGUAAGGUAAGCUGUUUUUUAUUGAAAUCCUUUCAUUUUCGUAGGUUACAGAAACGAUAGGUUUUUUUCCCAUACAAAUCCUUAUAUUUUGAAUGUUACGCAACAAUGCCGAUGCUCGCCGAUGCUCAUAUUUCGAGCUUGGGCUACCUGUGCUGGGAAGGGAAGAUUCGUAUUAAAAAAAAUAAUCCUCCCGCGCAGACAUUAUCCUUAUUAUUAUCAUUAUUCUUUCACCGAAAAAUAUUUCUGAUUCAGAAAUUGUCCUAUUUUCUUUCUUUUUCAGUUAUGAUCGCUUUGUUUUAUAUGUCUAAGGCAAAGAUAGCGAAUUUUUGGAUAUUAGCGAGGCUUUGUGUGGCAUAGCCUUCCCCGCAGACGUUCUUAGGGGGUUUGCAGGAACGCGUGACGAACCCCUAAGAGCGUCUCCGUGGGAGGCUAUGUGUGGCAAGCAAAGAGGAGUGUCCACAAGUAGAUUUGGUCUUAUAAGGGACGGACCAUUAGAAAACUUAUGGGGGGGCGGUGGGGAGGCGGGCGAAGUACUGGAAAAAAUAUUCGCCCAAGGGAAAAUGAAAUGAAAAAAAAUUCAUGCACGCCAAUUAACCCUAAAAAAUGUUCAUGCUAUAGACUAAAAACAAUUCAUACAAGGAAUUUGAUAACGAAAAAAAAUUCUUGCGGCUCGAAAAUUCCCCUCCCCCCCCCCCUCUCCCCCCAUAACUUUUCUAAUGGUCCGUCCCUAAUCUUACUAUGAUCUAUUACAACAUUGAUCUUGAUCAGGUGCCAUUUUCGCAAAAUUAUCCUUCAAAUGCAUAUAUGCUAAUCACUCUCGCAGGGUGCUGUUGAAUUCGAAUUUUACACAACUUAAUCUUCAGAGAUGCUAUUAUAAUAAUAUAAUUUUAAAAGUGUAAGACGGUUGUGUCCCCAGAAAACUGAGGUAAAAAAACUCAUUCUUAAAAGUCUUGUAAGCGGGUCGGCGACUAGAAUCGAAGUUCGCAGCAAUUAAAUAUUCCGAACUUGCCUCCCUCUACACAAACGUCUGUAAAAUUCUGCGACUUUUCCGUCGGUGUCAUAUAUUAACCUUCCAACAUGGCAACUUUACUCAAGACUUUGUUCCAGCUUUGUUGACCUAUUUUCACUGAGCUGAUCUCAGUCAAAGGUUGAAAAAAACUGUGGCAGGAUUGUCACUGAAAAAUCUCCGUAGGGAGCAGUCAAAAAAAAAUAAUCUAAUAAUAUCUUACAUCCUUUUUUAUUACUAUUAUUCUAUUUGAUAAUGGUGACAUGUCUCACCGAAACGUCAUAAGUGCGGGGGGCGGAGUGAGUUUUAUUAGCGUUGCAUUUAUAAAUAUGCAGUUGCUAUACAAUUUAAAUAGCAAGCCAAACGUUUCUCUCCCAGUUCGAAUUACCGAGGCUAUUCUUUAAAUGAUUUGAAUUCUGGAUUUUGAAUUCAGCCAUAUCAACCCGGCCUCUUCAUCCCUUUGUUGUCCCUGUAUCUGGUGGAAAGACACUCCGCUGUUGAAAUUAAGUAACUCUUCAGGCGCAAACAAUUAAUAGCGCACAAGUUUCUGCCCUCCCUUACAAGCGUCUUCCUCUGUGCACCUGCCGGCCAGAAAGCGUGAGGAGCUCAGAUCUGCCUUCUGCAUCAUAACAAAUUUUAACAGCGCCCUUCCGAAGCUCGAAUUGAGAUCAGGAGAGGUAGUUGUUUGAAGGUAAAAUGUUUAUCAUAAUCCAUAACGUGCCAAAAAGGGAAUCAGUUUUUUCCCAAGCGAAUGUUGAGCUAAUUUAGAAUGGUUCAGAGUCGAUUCAGAAAAAAGGAUGAUUGUGUCUAUUGCGAUCAACCGUUCUUUGUGCAUUUUUGUUUGUUUGUUUGGCUGGUGGGGUGUUCUUGUGAUCCGUUGAGAACUUUUAUUGUCUGAGUUCUUUUCCAACCAUCUUGACCGAACCGCGUGCACUGUUUACUGCCAGUAAAGCAUGAAAUAUACGCGGCAGUUUAUGGCUGGGAAAACACUUUCGCAGCUACCAAAUAAUAUUUUACCCUAUUUUGUAAUUUUUUUUCUUUACAGGGUGUCCCAAAAGUUCGUUCCUCUAUUUUCAUUGAUAUGUUUGCUCCGAAAUGGGCACGCGGGCCCCAUAAUUUAGCACGUUUUCCCUCCUGGGACCUUGCAUUACCCCUGGGUAUUGAGCGUGGUAUUUAAAUGCUUUGUCAACAUCAGGAUCACUGAUCAGAUGGCUUUUCUAUGCGUUCAUGCCCCGAGAGGGCAUACAUACUUGCGUUUUUUGCCCCCCCUCCCCUCAGAGACGAAAACCCGGUUAUGCUGCACUUCUUCGCAUACGCGGAAAUUAUUUUCGCCCAUAUCUUAGUAUUCCCCGCGUGUGCCAUAGAGGUGCCGCAUAUCGAUGAAAAUUCUCCUACUAAUUUCAUGCACUAUAACUUUUGAUCAAAACUAUGCUUUUACAUGAAAUUACUAGAUGUUUAUUUCUCUAUCAAGUACAUGUAUUCAGAAUUUCAGUAACUUGCAUGCCCUUUUUGUUUUUUUUAUCCCAUUCCGUAGCCGUCGCGGCAUGAAGUGGGAUACAGCGUGUAGACCCAAAAAUGAUCCAUUUUGAGCUUUUUUAUCACCUGGUGCGCAGCUGAUCCAUUCAACCCCAAACAAUAUUUGUUUAGUUUAUACGCAGCUGAAAAAAAAUAUAUUGGGCAUUCAUCCAAAAAAGAAUAAUCUUCCUGGCCCUCUUCCACAGCAACGCUUUUGUAAUUCUUUACAAAUUUGAAACGAGCCGGGCGUUAAUUGACAGACUAAGCAGAGGUUUAUUUGCUAUCUCAGGGGCCUCUAAGACCCUUUUAUUUGGCUUGCUAACUAUGUGAGACUAAGCUUCCUUGUCGAGUCUCCUAUUUUGUAUCUAGCCUUCUUUCAACAUUUUAACUGCUUUAUUAAGGGCUUUUAGUAUUCCCCUUAGUUUCUUACCAUCAAAACCUUCAUUUCUCCAUGAUCAUUAUACCACCCAACAUUCGGAUUUUUCCAGUUUUUUACUGGGGGAGCAAUUUCUACAACAGAUAAGCCAGUAAAUCGAAAGGCUUAUCAAGUCUCACGCAGCUGAACGUUCUUUUUGCGUUAAGGGGGUUUGUCUUUCAUGAUAUUCACAAAAAACAAGGAAAGAGUUCGAGCAAUUCGGGCUAUGAAAUACAAAAAAUAUGUGGCUGGGAAAUACACUCGCGCACGCGCACCUUUGGCGCGGAAGCAAACAAAUCGAAUAUUCACAACAAGUGACAAAUUAGUGAAUUAUAACAAAUUAGUGAAUUAUAUUGAAAGACACAACUUUUGUUUCAAUGAUUUGCUUACCAAGUCCAAUCGUAAUGAAAUACAGACUUAUAAAGUAGAGGAACGAACUUUUGGGACACCCUAUAUAUUUUUUGUAGUUUCACUUUGUUAGUUCCCUCGUUUAGUUUGUCAAAAGCUAAAUACCCACGCACAAAUAUAGUCGCACACUAUAAGCACUACUACUACCCGGCUGCGAUCGGCAAGAAGCCACAUACCAAUGAAAAACUAAAACACUAGUGAUAAAAUCCAAACAGGAACUUCCUUGACAGGACAAAAUUUUCUUACGACUUACCUGCAAAUUUUCAGCCAUACAUUUCAAAAUUACAACGACCACCAAAGAUUUCAAGGAUGUUUAUGAAGAGCCAAAAAACUUUUGACAUCCAGUUUUCAAAACACAUUCUUAUAAAUUUUAAAAUGUUUUAAACUAUCGUUAAAUCUUUGUCUUACGGGCUCAACUUUUAUCUUAUGAACGAAAUUAAGGAAUUUUGAGGCCUGUGUCAACGUAUGCCCGUGCGCCCGUGAUGUAUAAGCCAUAGGGAAACUCAGUAAGGCCCAGUCCUGGGUCUUGAAUUAUAUUGACGAAAUUCAAGAGGCGAAACUACAACGUAAAGGUAAAAUUGUAGUUUACGAAUAUAAAGCAGAUAAUUCAAGAAAAAUCAUGGUACAACUACUUUCAAUCCAGUACAGACACAAGAAACGGUGUACGAACUGUCAAGAUCACGAAGAAAUGAAGCGUCUUUUGAAACAAAAACUAAAAGAUCAACUACAAAGAACAAGCAAAACCGCAAGAAACAAAGGAAGUCGAAGUGUUGGUUGAGGCUAUAGGGAUCUUAGAUCUAUAGGGAAAUGGUGUAGACAAGGACGGAUCAUCUAUUAAGAACACACGUAAUGCACGAAAAAGCGAAUAGGUCAGAUGCUCACCAAACGCUUGAACUAGAGCCGGAACGGUUUUGUUAAUAGCCAGUCAAGAUUGAAAGAGUUUAACCUCUAUUUUGUGUCUGAGCAUUGUUUAUAUUCGAUUUUUUAGUCAGUAUAGCGAACUGGAGCAAAUAAUUUUCAUGGCAAAGCGAUUGCAAGAAAGAUAUCGCGUUCGUAAUUUGCGCGCUUUUAUUUUGAACACAUAAGAGAUUCUACAAUCAUAACCAAAUAAGAACAUGAUUAUUGCAAAUAAAAAUUAACUAUGGCAUCAUCAUACCUGAAUAAAUUAUGACAUAAUUAUGACCAAGUAGGGACAUGAUAUCACUUUUCUAUUCAUAGAUUAUGAUCUCAACAUUUUUUGAUGACGUAGACCCUAGGGUACUCUGACGUCAUUUGCUUCUUGCCAACUGAAAAUAAAAUAUGACAUCGUCCUAUCUUAAUGAGAUGUAUGACGUCAUCAGCGUUAAUUUAUACCACUCAAAAACUUAAUCAAAUCCAAAAAAAGAUAAUUCGGUCCCUACCCCACUGCUUUCUAAGAUUUGAAAGUUAAUUUAAAUCUUGCGAGGAUAGAAGCUAAAGACUUAAUAAGAAUUUUACAAGCUUUGAAAGUCAGAAUGGUGGCUUAAUUUUGAUGAUGAUGAUAAUAUGAUAAUAAUGAUAAUGAUGAUGAUGGUAAUGAGAAUAAAAACAUCUGUGACGUUAUUAAUAAAAACAGGAUAAAAUUAAAAUUAAUCCCCCUUCCUGCCUUGUUCGCUACCACAAUAAUCUGCUGCCUCUACUCUUCCGCAAUCUGUUUAUGACAAACAGUCAAUUAAGUCCAUAGAUAUCUAGAUAUGACACAAGAACAGCUAGUAAUUAUCGAGUGCAUUCCUGUCGGACGAACAUCAAGAAAUUCACAAUUCUUUACUAAGGACCUAGAAUCUGAAACUGUCUUCCUGCAUCCGUUACAAACUUGUCAAGCUUUUCUAUCUUUAAAAACAAAGUGCUAGAGUUUUUAUUAAAAUAGUUAUUAAACUAGAAAUAUGUAUAUCGCAGAACCUCGCGAAGCUCCGGGCGGGGGAGAGCCCAUAAGGGGUGGGAGGACAGAAGAGAAAUAAAGUAAAUCAUGUAACUGGGGAGAGCGGGUUUAAUAUUGAAAGCUGAGAUGUACUUUUCAAAAAUUUGAACCCAGUGCUCUGACUUUAAAAAGGAUCUUCUGAGAUUUAAAUGGGGUUGCUGUUGUUAGCUAAUGCUGCAUAGGUCCCAUCCCGUGUUCACCCCAUUUGACCCUCCUACAUGUGUAAUUAUGGUCAAAAGGAAAUGGAGGAAUUAGUUUAGCCGCAGUUCUUCGCAGCCCUUAUUUCUUAUAAUAUUGUGAUGUCGAGGUGGCCUCUCUAUAUAAGCCUGGUGGUUUCUUGAGGUCUCCUCGCCUAACAGCCUGCUGUAUCCUGUAAAAUUUGCUGUAAAAAAAGGCUAAUAAAAUGAUGAUGAACCGUGGUAAUGAUUAUGAAGAUAGACUUGGUUACCGCACAAAGUAAAGGACAUUGCCGUUUGGUGCUUUUAAAAUAAAAACAUCCCUCACUGAACUAGAAAAUAAGGAACUUUACUUACGUAGGGUUUAUUAUUGAUUUUACAAAUACUUUACCUUUCAGUGGCAUCUAGAAAAAAUUGGCAUCUCCUUCCUGCCUUCAGAAAUUUUUACCGUUCGGCCCUUUUCCCUUCUAAAAAUUUUAAGACUGCCCAUAAAUCCUCUGGCCCUCAAUGUGUCGCGAACGCUACACGUGAUAUAUGAAAGAAAGCCACGUCGAAGUUAAGGAUAUGAUCGACCUAAUUUGGGAUCAAUUAAGAAUAAUCUAAACUGUUUGUUCUGAAUAUAUUGCGAUACCCUCGCAAUUUAGUAUAAAUCCAUUACACUUUGUAAUACCUUUUGCAAUUUGUAGUAAACCGAGUCGCAGACUAGUCGCGCUUUUAGUAAUAAAGCUGUCGCAAUUUGUAAUGAAGCUUAAUGAGUGUCUUAUUUAACAAAGUAAUUUAUUUGUAUUAAAAAAGUGGGAAGUUGCCUUUCACCAAGUUGUUAUUCCUUGUGAAUUUCCAGGUUUAGUUUGCGUUGAGCUAAGCAACUCGAAGACGAAUGGAAAUCAAUACUAGUGACACUCCAACCUCUGCUCCCCUCUCAGCACCAGCCUGCAUUCCAUGGGUUGUUCUGAUGACCACUGAAUCUCUAAUCAUCGUCAUUUUCAAUCUCUUGACGAUCAUUGUAUUUGCAAAGCAACGUCAGCUUCAUCGCCGGCGCCCAUACCUGCUCAUACGGAACCUGGCGAUCAUUGACCUGUUGGUUGGGGGAAUUUCCGGUCCUCUGCAAAUUGAGUGGAACGUGGGAGAUUCUUGUGAUCUAUGGAUGUACAAAAGGAUGAUUGGUUCAUGGUUUUUUCUUUUAAAAGUCUCAUUGCUCCAUUUAUUUUCCAUGGCUUCCCUUUGUAAUCUUGCGGCCAUUUCGUUAGAGCGAAUGCACGCAAUAAUUUGUCCCUCCAAGCAUCUUUUCAUGAAGAAAAUGGUUUAUAAAGUAAUAAUUGCAGUAAUUUGGCUAAUAGCUAUUCUUAGAGAAUGCACACAAAUUGUC